AGUCUUUGAGUUAAAUAAUUUGUCAAUGAACUUCCGGUUGAGUUGUCAACGAAUAUUUUUACUGUAUUUAACACUUUUUACAAAUGAAAGUGGUCUAAAGAUUUUGAUGUGACAUGAUUUUUUGGCAAUAAAGAUGCAGUGAACGAAUGUCAUAAAGGAUUUUUUCCCCCAUAAGAUACUCCAAAAACACAGCUGGCAAGAUGAUGUUCAUUGUAUAUGGAGCUUUUAUUAUCUUCGGGUUUGUGGCUUUGGUCCUGCAGGUUAUGGCCUACAAAACAAGGCCGAGUGUGUCGGAGGGCAACAAUCCACAGUUCCUCAAGUUUCAGAGAGGUUACUUUGCUGCAUACCUUAUGGCCAUGUUUGCAGACUGGCUACAGGGACCCUAUCUCUAUAAGCUGUAUUCGUACUACGGAUUUCAAGAAGAACAAAUUGCUGUCCUGUAUGUGUUUGGGUUUGCUUCCACAGUAAUAAUUGGAAUGUGGGCGCCAUUGGCAGCUGAUCAAUUCGGAAGAAAGAAACUCUGCCUUUCAUUUACAGUUCUUUAUUCUCUAUCAUGUUUGAUGAAACUAUCACGAAGUUAUGGUAUCCUGAUACUCGGAAGAAUCAUUGGAGGCGUGGCCACCUCGGUACUAUUCUCCGCCUUCGAGGCUUGGUAUGUUCACGAGCACAUAGAAACACAUGACUUUCCAAAAGAGUGGAUUGCCGUCACUUUUGUGAAAGCUUCAACUUGGAAUGGUGUUCUUGCUGUUACGGCAGGGAUAAUAACAAAUUUUGUAUCGGAAUGGUUCCAUAUGGGUCCCGUGGCGCCAUACAUGUUAGCCAUACCAUUCCUGAUCUUUGCAGGAAUUCUCGUUUCAACACACUGGAUCGAAAACUAUAGUGGCAGUAAAGUAAAAUUUAAGAAAGUUUGUUCCGAUGGAUUCAAAGGAAUAAUGUCGAGUGAGAUGAUCUUUAUGGUGGGAGCAAUUGAAGCUCUUGUCGAGAGCGUUAUUUAUAUCAUCAUAUUCCUUUGGACACCAAUUCUCGAACCGGGCCAACCAUCUCUUGGCAUCGUUUUCUCAUGUUUCAUGGUGUGCAUUCUAGCGGGACAGGGACUUUUUCAAAUUUUAUCAAGUAAAAACAUAGAAGUACCAAUUCUUUUAUUAUCAUCGUGCGGAAUUGCGCUGUUAGCUAACUUAAUUUGUGUAAAUUCUACAGACCCUGAAAAUCGAAAUACAAAUCUCUCAUUUAUUGCGUUGUGCAUAUUUCAGUUUGCAGUCGGCAUAUAUUUCCCGGCCAUGGGGUAUUUGAGAAGUCAUAUCAUUCCAGAACAGCACAGAUGGAGUAUUAUGAACUGGUUCAGAGUGCCGAUUAAUCUAAUUUCUUGCAUUGUGUUAAUGUUGUUGCAUGAAGACAUGUUUAAACACGGGAAUAGGAUGAUUUUUGUGAUAUGCUCGGGACUUUUAACUCUGUCUUUGCUCUGUGGCGUGAGAUUUUUUAAACUUGCCAAAGAAGAUGAAAGUUUGAAACAAACUUCUCCCCUAAUGACAAGUGAGCAUAUUCAUAAUAUAUUUUAACCCUUGAACUUUCAGAAUGAACUUCCCCAACUUACAUUUCAGAACAGUCCAUUAUCAAUUUUAGGGAUGUCAUCAUUGUCAUGACAAAAGUUUGGAAGCUUGUCAAACCAGACUGAACAUGUUUCACAGUAUGUUGGCUGACCUAGGCUCUGUUCUUUCGGCAAAGGGUUUUCAAUUUUAGCUUCAGCAUUAUUAGGGUGGUGCUUGAUACAUGUACAUUUUUUACAUGUAGCUAACAUGUACAUGUACAAUGUAUAGUAUUAUGCUGAAUAAAAUCUGUUGGGGUUAAUUUAGAAUGUGUUUUUGCAGGCUAUCACAUAACAGCAAUUUAAUAUAUUAAAUCAAGAAGAGUUUACACAUAGUGAUUUAUUUGCAAGGCAUUUGAACAAGUUUUACUGUGUCAUACAGGGAUAAAAGCUUGAAAAGAUUUAAUGUUCAUGUAUCAUGUGUAGUAAAAUUUUAAAGUAACGAGAAUAUUGGGCAUCUUCCUCCACCAAUAAAAUUUGAUUCUUUCUAUAAAUACAUUAAUUAUUUAUGAAAAUAAAUAUUUCAUGAGUGGCGGACUAGCCACAACUGAAAUAUGAUAAUUUUCAUACCACAACAUGAAAAUAAAUCAUGUAUUUAUAGGAAAACCUUGAAUUUUCUGUUUAUUACAUAAUUUUUUUCUUCUUUGACAUUACAAUUUGAAAAAUUAAAAAAAAAUCUCUUAAAUUUUGUUUACUGGCAGAAUUUAAAAGAAAGUAGUCCAGCAAGACACCAAUGCAAAUAGGAAAUAUAUGUUUCACUGAGGGGAAAAUUAAUUUUUACAAUGAAAAUACAGAAAAAUGAAAAUAGGCAUUUUAUUUCAUCAAUAUUUCUUAAAAUUUCAUUUAUAAGUAUAUUGUAUAAAUACAUUUAAUUUUCAUCUACAGGAUGCAAUUCUUGGAUUCAGGUCUGAUAUGGGAAACUUAGCUGUUUUGUUGUUACAUUUAUUUAGGUUGUUUUAUUCAUUAUUUGCUGUGGUAACAUUGUGGAUACAAAUUUGUUGGGAUGUUUUUGUUUUGUAAGUGAUGUUAUUAAAUAUUAGAAUUAAUCAAGGGUCCAAUGUAUAAAACUUGAAAUCAAGCCAAUGGACCAGAUGUUCAAAUUUUUUUUAGUUCAUUCUAAUUUUGUAAUACAUUGUAUUGUUAACAUAAAACACGUAAAAUUUUCACUUAAAAAGAUUUUGAAACAGUUAAAAUUACUUGAUAUAAGAUUUAAAGAUCAACUUUAAAGUUAUUGAACACUGUUUUGAACAACAUGGCCAUUGUAUUGUUGUUACUGACAUACACUGUAGUAAACUGUAUAAUGAUUGUUUGAUUUUAACCUUUAACCUGUAGCAUUUCUUAAAUUGCUUUGGCCAGCUUUCAUUUUGGGAAUUGCCCAUUAACAAAUUUGGGGAUAUCAAGAUGAAAAUGUAAAGUUUGCCAGACAAUAUUAUAGUAUUGAGCCUGGUCAGUCUCACUGCAUAAAUGUGCAUUCUGGUCUGGGUACAUGUAUAUACUGGUGGCAAAGGCUGGUCAUUUUCAGUUUCACCAGGGUUAGGGCUAUUUAUAAGUACUUGUGAGGACUUGCCUAUGCCUUUUGUCUUGAGCAAUGUUGACCUGUAUCAAAAUCCCUCUUAUUAAUAAUGGACAGGUCCAGUAUCAAAGGAGGACAAGUCCAUUUUGCAAAGUUAGGACAUUUAUGAGGCUUAAGCAGAAGUUUUACCGUAAAACUGUGGUCAUUUUUUUGUAACUAAGUGCUUCUUCAGUGUCUAUUCUAGGAUUUGAAAAACAGGACGGAUUUUUAUUGAGUAUUGUUGAUCUUUUUCCUGCUUUCUCUAGUAUAUAAAAUAUACCCCCUGCCUCUGAAAAAAUUUGGUUGAAUUCUCAAAAUGUGGGUGAAUCCUCCCAUCCCCCCUCCUAGAAUACAUGUAGACACUGCUUAUAAAAGGAUUUUUUAAAAAUAAUUAUGCUCAUUAUUUAUGAAUUUAUAUAUCAGCCACAUCCGAGAGAAAAUACUGAUGAUCUCAAAUAACUCUAAUAACAAAAUUGGGCUUGGAAAAUUGAAAUGUUAUUUUAAGUCUCUAAUGUUUAUUAGUAUGAGUACUAUCAGUGUUGAAACUAAGAAUUGCAAGAUUUUAUUUAUGGGGUCAUCACAUGUUUGUAUACAGUCACCUAUUUUGAAUAACAGUGUUGGCUCUGACUGUUUUUAUGUUUAACAAGAAAUCUUAAGGAUUGUCGAUGUAUAAUUUGAGUAAUAUUUGGGUGGGAUUUUAAUUAUCAGUUGUUUUAAGGAAUACAUCUUUGCAAAGUUCAGUAACCAACAAAAUCUACCAACUAGUCGCUCUAGAGUUAUUUCCCUUGAAUAGCCAAAAAUUGAAAACAUUCUCUUGGUCUGGUAAAUUUCUUGAACAGUUACUUAAGAAACAAAUUUGAUUUGGUCACUAUGUAUAACAGUGGGCAUAAUAUCUCUGUGAAGUAUGAAAAGAAGCAAACUGAUUUACAGAAACCAUGUAAGUCUGCAAUAAUUUUUAUCCUCAUUUUCUUAUCAUUUUUGUAGAAAGUAAUAGUAAUUUUGUGGGUUAAUGCUUUUGUUAUUGUUUAUAAGGAACUGUUACGAUCUGGAUUGGGGUCCAAGUUUCAUGUGAUGAGAUAUCGUUAAACACUAAGUGCUUGUUUUGUUUUUUGUUAAUUUGUUGAGAUUAUGAAUACCUGUUAUUGAGUUUAAUAAGUUUAAAAUCACGUGCAUUCAAUAUGUAAACAUACAUGUAAACACUACAGCUACAUGUAUUUCAUUUAUUUGGUGUUUUAUUAUAAUUUUAUUCAAAUUUUAUCGUAGAUUUAUAGUGAAUGAUUCAGGUAACUAUUAAAAAAUGACAUAUAAAUAUGUAUCAUUUUAAAAACAGCAAUUUCUUUGAAAAUCAAUUUUUGUACAUGUAUGUAUAACAACAAUAACAACAAAAUAGUAUUGUUACAAUAUGCACUGUACAUAUAUAUACAUUUUUUUUCAGAGUGAAAUGUUUUAUUAUUAUCAAUCAUCUAAUAUGGAUAUUAAUAUACAUUGUACAUAUGCCUUCAGAUUUAUGUUGUUUAAUUUGUGUGUUACUAAUUUGUCAGUGAUAAGAUUUGAGAGUUAAGAUGCAUUUGAAUUACAAAUGAAGGUUUAUAGAACAAAGUGUUAAUUUUAAGAGAAACUUAAUAGAUUAUAUAUGCUUCUAUAUGUUAUUUAUAUUUAUAAAAAAGUGUUAUCAUAAUUAUAUAACCUAUAAUCAAUUUGAAUGCUUAUAUAUGUAUGUAAUAUCAUGAGCAGCAUCUGCUAAAUAGUGCUAACAUAAAUAUUAUUGUCUAAAUAAAUCAGCUUAUAUUUAUUUUAUUAAUAAAUUGGCUAAACAUCUUCUAGAUAAAUCUUUUAACAUAUUUUACAAAGAUAUCUGCUAAAAAUGUAAAAUAUUGCCUAUUAUGUCUAGAUAAAUCUGAUAUAUACAAGUACUUUCAAGGUUAGUCUACUAAAUAUAUCUGCUAAAUAUCUAUAACUAAAUCUGCUAAAUAUAUGCUUAAUCUUCUGUUCUUUAUACAUGUUAUAGAUAAAUGAGUUUUCAUAAUUUAGGAAAUAAUUAAUCAAUUUUCUGUGCCUUGAAGAAUAGUGCACGGUUCCAGUUCAAAUGUGCAGGAAUUUAAUCAUAUAGCCAGACAGCUAUGAAAAUAAAAGAUAUUUCAUUAUUCCGGAGUAAAUUUAUAUAUCUGUUAUAUACAGUCAUGUAUAUUGCAUUGAGGGUGUAUUGUUAAGAUUGAAGGUUCAAUUUUCAACAUUAAUAGAUUUUUUAUGUGCUUGAAAAUUUACAAUAAUGGAGAUUGCAAAA